AUGGUAACUGUGAUAGCAGAUAAAGAAGAAUUACCCACACCUGUUAAUAAUGGUGUUACUACUGGUUCACAUGAUAAUGAACAAGCAUUUCAAUAUAUUAAAGAUUAUCAAGAAGUUGAUUUUCAUCGAUCAAUAUCAUGUAAACCUUUACCUGAAGAUUUAGUUGGGUUAACCGAUGGUCAAAUAACAAAAUCUUCAAUCAAAGGCACAUUUUUUGUGCAAAUCGAUUCUAUUGACUCAAUAACAACAUUCAAUAAUAAUAAAAAUCAAUUAGAACAAACAGAUGAUAAUAAUUCUUUAUUAUUAACUAUAACUGAUGGCAUUACAACUGUAAAAGGUAUUACAAAUGAUUAUAUUCCUAACUUAAGUUUCAAUAUAAGACCCGGUUGUAAAUUAUUAUUAACCGGUAUAAUUUCAAUUAAAGAUGGUUUAUUACAAUUAACACAUGACAAUACACGUUUUCAACAUGGCAGUAAUACAUAUUCUCGACCACGAUCUGCUUACCGAGGACGUGGAGGUGGAUCUCAUCGACCUUCAUAUGAAGGGCGACGUGGUGGGACUGGUAAUAGUAAUAAUCGAUAUGAUAACAACGAUAAUACAUCGAAUUUUCUUAAAGGACCACCACCAAAAAAUACUUUAAUGGAUUUUAUGACUUCAGUUAAAAUUUCAAAUGAUUUUAAACAAACAAUUGAUAAUGAUAAUCAAAAAUUAAAAGAUCGACAUGAAAAUAAACGUCGAAAUACUGAUCAAUAUUAUAAAACAAUAAAUAAUAUUAAUACAACGAAUAAUUCAAAUCAACAUUAUCAAUCAAAUAAUAAUAAUUAUUAUUAUACAGAUCAAAUAAUAUUUCAACAAGAAGGAAUUCACGAUCAAUUAGAUACGGAAGAUGAUUCAUCUCAUGCAAAUUAUCGUGAAAGAAGAAAUCCUUUACCCCCUAGACUUCAACGUGCUCAAGAAGAACGUACUCGUCGAAGUACAAAUCGUUAUUUGGAUGAAUCAACAUCAUUAACUGAAAAUGAAAUCAAUGGAAAUUAUCGUAAUGGUACCACAAAUAAUAAUACAUUGUCUUCCUCAUCAUCAUAUACACGACAUGGAGAUCCUAUGUCCUAUAUUCCUCAUAAUUUAUCUAAUGGUCAACCACAUGCAACUACUCUUAAUUCAUAUCCACCACAUGGGAAUAUACUUGCUCCUGCGAUUGGUUCAACACCAACUCAUCUUGCUUAUUUUCCAACUAAUUCGGGUCAUUUAACAUACAGUCUUGCUGGUAUUCCAAGUCCAACAUUUCAUAGUCAACAACCAUCAAUGGGUCCGGGAUAUACAAAUGAACAUUUAACAUUUUGUUAUAGAACUCCAUUUGUAACUGCAACUUAUCUUCCAUCAACAACUACUAAUGAUAUACAUGAUGAUUCAAAAACUAAUUAUAAUAAUAAUAAUAAUAAUUCAACUGUUUUACAAACAGAUUCAUAUGUUGAUGAAAAUGAAAUAAAACCAACAAAUGAAUCACAACAAGAUGAAAAUAAUGAGAAUAAAUCUCAAUCUUCAUUAAUCGAACAGAAAACAACUUCAUCAUCAUCAUCAUCAUCAUCAUCGUCAUCAGCAUCAUCAAAUGAUGGAAAUAAUAGUUCUCAACAAGUUAUUGUCGAACAAGAUGAGGAUAAACGUCGAGAUAUAAAUUCAAAUUCACAAAUACGUUGGAAAAUAGGUGAUAUUUGUUUAGCACGAUGGAGUGAAGAUCAAGAAUAUUAUGUGGCUACUAUUGUUCAUAUUCAACCUCCUUAUUGCACUGUUUUAUUUCGUGAUUAUAAUAAUUACGAUAAAUUACAUUUUAGUGAAUUAAAAAUAUUACCGCGUGACCAACAAUAUUAUCAAUAUGUUCCACAAAUAGCUGCAACAUCACAUGAUUUAAAUGUUCUUACAACUAAUGUUUGUUUUCCUCCACGUACAAAUUACUAUCCUUCAACAAUUGAUGAAUGUAUAAUAAUGCCAGAAGCUCCACCUUUUCCAUUUAAUUCAGCUGGUACAUUAUAUAUGUGUCCACCAACAUUAACAUCUAUUUCACGUUCAAAUAAUCGUUAUAAUACAAAUGGUUUAUCAUCAUUUCAACAGACAAAUAAAUAUCUUGAAAAUGAAAAUAUUCAUGAUACUAAUCAUAUUAAUAAUGAUACAACAAUAAAUUCUUCAUCAACACUAAGUAAAGAUUCAAAUGAUACAAGUAUAAUUGAUUCAACAACAAUAUCAAUUGAUGAUAAUCAACAAUUACAAGCACAACAACAAGAUAUAUCAUUAUCAACAGAAGGAAUUCAAAGAUGUUCUAUUGAUGAUGAAUCUAUAACCAUAGUUACAAAAGAUAAUGAACGUGAACGUAGUACAAGUACAGAAAGUUUAACAAGUAGUAAAUAUGACGAACAAAAUUUGACAAAUGAAGAAGUAAAACAAGAAAAUAAUUCUGUGACAAUGACAGAUGAAAAUACAAUUGAAUUUCAGUCAGCAUCAUCAGAAAUUCAUAAUGAUAAUAAUAGUUCAUUUAUAUUGAAUCAAACUAAUGUUCCAAUGGAUAUUGAUGUUGAUAAUGAAAUAAUAAAAUCAGAUUCAACAAAAAUCAAUGGAGAUAUAUCACCAAUAUUACAUACAAUUGAGAAUGAAAAUAAUAAUGAACAAAAUAAUGAGGAUAUUUUACGUCCAGGAAAUACGGAAUUAAAUAAAUCAUUUGAUAUUUUACCACAAACUAAAGAUGAUGAUAUUUCUGCCGCUGAUUCAAUAUCAGAUAAUAGUGCUCCAAAUAACAAUAUACUCGAUACAACAGUUGAAUUAUCAGUUCAUAAUGAUGAAUAUAAUGAAAAACGUGAUGAUGAUUUGAAUUCGAUUAUAAAAGUUAAUGAUAUCGAAACACCUACGAGUGCUAAAUCACUUUUAACAAAUCAAUUUUCUCUUGAAUAUCCAUAUGAAAUACCACAACCACAAGAAAAUGUUCAACCUUCAUCACCAAUUCCAAUUGAAACGGUAACGACAUUAACAAAAAAUAUGAAAUUGGAUAUUAAUAAGACAUUAGAAGAACAAGAACCUUCAAUACUAAAAUCUUCUACCGAUAAAACAUACGAUACAAAUACAUUUGUUUUAAAGAAGAGAGAACGACGAAAAAUAUCAACACUGGGUACUGAAAAUACUUUCAAUAAAACUGUCGAAGAUUCUCCACCAGAUUUAUCUAGUAAAAAAUCACCGUCAAAUACUCCGUCCGUAUCACAGGGUGCUACUAUAACUUCGCGAUCAACUACAACAACUUUAUCUUCACAACAACCCCUCAUGGAUCCCACGCGAAUCAUGUAA